GCAGGCAAAGAGGAUCACUGAUACUAAACUAAAGGUGCUGUCAGAGCAAAUGAAAUCAGCAGAAAUGAGUUUGAGUCUUCUGGAGGAUGUCGAGGAAUAUGUGGAACAGAGCCUGAAAACUGGCAGUCCUGAACAAGUCCUGAGGUCUAAGAAACAGAUGAUGGAGCAUAUGAGUGAAGUUACUGCUGGAAUCAAUAUGAAAGAGUUACGUCCAAAGGAAAAAGCUGAUUUUGUAUUGACUCAUAAAAAUAUCAAAUCACUACAUCACAUUGGAGACGUUAUUUCAGGGACUACUGCACUACAGCAGUGUAGAGUGAAGAAGAUUGAUCAUAUUAGCAAAGCAGCUUCGCUUUCACUAUCAAUGGAGGCACCAGAUUCAUCUUUUUUGUCUGUUCCCCUUUCUUCUCUGAGGUGUAGUCUAGUACCAGUUGGUAAAGGCCAUAAACCCAUUCAAACUACAGUUACUACCACCAGCACUGAUCCUGGAGUGUAUAGGAUACAGUGUAACCCUUCAACACGUGGUACUCAUACAGUAAAAGUACAAGUAUAUGAUGUACACCUUAAGGAUACCUCACUAGUCAUCCCUUUCAAUCCUUACCUUGAUAAAAUCACUCCACUACGUACUCUAACUGAGCUUAAGGGUCCCUAUGGAGUUGCUGUAAGUAAUGAUAACAAUCUUAUAAUAACUGAGAGUAGUGGUAGUUGUGUAACAUUAUUAGAUAAAGAAGGUAAGAAAGUAAAAUCAUUGGGAGGGUAUGGAGGAAGUGGUGAUGUGAAAUUUUCUUAUCCUCGUGGUUUAGCCAUUACUCCAGACAAAUUCAUUCUUGUGUCUGAUGAUCACAGGAUCCAGAAGAUAAGCAUGGAUGGAUAUCUUAUAGCAUCAGUAGGUGAGGAGGGCAGUGGACCACUACAGUUUAAGUAUCCUUCUGGUAUAGCUAUUUCUCCUAUAACAGAACAAAUUUAUAUUGCUGAUUGGGAUAAUCAUCGUAUACAAGUCUUGAAUUCUGAUCUAACCUUCUCUCAUUCAUUUGGUAGUAAAGGAUCAGCUAAUGGACAGUUUAAGCAUCCACAUGACAUUGCUAUUGACAGUCAAGGAUUAGUGUAUGUAGCUGAUAGUUGGAAUGAUUGUAUUCAGAAGUUCUCUCUAUGUGGAAAGUUUUUGUGUAAUUUUGGUGGCAAAGGAUCUGGUGCUGGAAAGCUUAAUAGUCCAGUAGGUGUAACAAUAGACAUUGCAGCUACUGGUCUAGUUUAUGUUAGUGAAUGGAUCAAUGCUCGUAUCUCAGUCUUCACUAAAGAUGGUGUGUUCGUUAAUAGAUUUGGAAGUAAAGGUAGUAAUAUUGAUCAGUUUAAUGCUCCUUAUGGAUUAACAUUUGAUAAAGAUGGAUUCUUGUAUGUUUGUGAUUUUGGUAGUAACCAACUUGUUGUUUAUUAA